AUGAUUUGUCUCAAAUAUCAUUCUACUAAAUCGGAUAUAGAGAGCAGUCAAAUCGCGGAUGUAGACAAAAUGUGUUGGUCUUUUAAUAUGACGUUACUAGAAAUUCGCAACGCUUUCGUCAACUCCAUUCUGAACGACUUCAAGACACAGUUUUCAAACUCUUUAAAGGAAAAAUUACCAUUCAUACUUAAUUUGCGUAAGGAUGGAGAUGACAGCUGGUAUAGCGGAAACACAUUAUUUAAUAAUCUUAACAUUUUAACAAAUAACAAUGAAAAACUCCCGAUUGACGAGCAGACUUAUAGCUUUAGUAACCAAAAUUUUCCUUACAAUUACGCGAAGUUUAUCAAAAAAGAAACCCAAAUAAGAUUGAAGGGAGCGAAUGCUUAUUAUAAGCUAUGGUUUCUAUGUUCCGACGGAAAAGUUGUCCAAUUAAAUUUCACAUGGUACGAAGCUAUAAAUCACUGUUCAAUGCAGAAUAAAGAUUUGUACGUGAUCAAUAAUGACCUGAAAAACUUGGAUGUACCUGAUGGUCAAUAUUGGAUUAAUCUUUACAGACAAUACUGGACUUGGAAAUCGUCUAAAAGUCUGAUAUAUUCAAAUUGGGCUGAUAAUAACCCACAACCAAGUCAGCCGUCCUGGGCAUUUGACUUAGUUGUGGCAGAUUGGGAAGAUUUAAAAUGGUCAAAUGAAAACCGUUCACAAGCAUACGUGAUUUGCAUGAAUGGAUCUGUAACAGAUUCUCCUACACUUGUUGACGCAAACAUAAACUUCAGUGACGGCAAUAGCCCACCUAAUAAGCCAGCAGUGAUUGGUAUGGCAGUUGGCAUAUCAGUGGGUGUCGGAGGUAUGGUUCUCAUCGUCUUCGUCGUCAUCUUUUCAGUACUGUGUGUUAGAAAAGGCAGAAAACAUCUUCCUGGCAGCAAUGGAAUUACUACUAAUAGUAUUAAUAAUACUAACACUGACGAUGACGCUGGUAGUAACGCUUACUACGCGAGGCCUAUGAGAGAGUCUGAGAGAAGUGGUGAUUACCACACGUAUGAUGAGGUCAAUGAAGCCGCUACUGCUUAUUAUAGUAAUCAUCACCCAGAAUACGCCGAGGUUGUACCAUCAGGCCAUCAGACGAAAAGCAUUUACCCAAACUCGAAUGCCAAAAUGAAGUACGUUGAAAUCGCAUCCAACUUGCCAUCUGCAUCAAAGAACAAAGCUGAUUACUACAACUUCCUUGAAAAUCCAACCGAAACAUCAACCGAUCUACCGACCGAUAUACCGACCGGUAUACCGACCGGAAUACCGACGGAUAAUACGCUGAAAAGAACAGAAAAGUAUGAAGUUAUGCCCGGUUUAAUGUACUCUACAGUUAAACGCUAA